AUGGGCCUUAACGGUCUUCAUCUUCUGUGUCUUCUACUGCUGUCCCAAGAAAUUCAUCUUGCUCAAGGAAGUUGUAGCAGUGAGCAAUUUCAGUGCACCAAUGGACAAUGUAUCAACAUAGCGUGGAGGUGUGAUGGGACUAAAGACUGCACAGAUGACUCAGAUGAGCUGAACUGUCCACCUCCAGCAUGCACCUCAGAGGAAUUUAAAUGUGUGACAAGUGGAGAAUGCAUCUCUCUGGGAUUUGUCUGCGACGGAGAGGAUGACUGUGUUGAUGGCUCAGAUGAAGACAGAGCUUGUGAUGGACGGACAUGCAGCCCAGACCAGUUCACCUGCCAGGAUGACCAGUGCAUCCCCAGCAGAUACCGAUGUGAUCAUGUCAGGGACUGCGUAGACAAUUCUGAUGAAAACAACUGCAACUAUCCAAGCUGCACUGAGAAGACAUGUACUAAUGGGGCCUGUUACAGCAACUCUCAGCGCUGCAACGGGCUGCAAGACUGCAGAGAUGGUUCGGAUGAAUAUAACUGCACAACACAGCACUGUCCUAUUCACCAGUUUGAGUGUGCAAAUGGCUUCUGUAUCCCUCACUCGUUUGUGUGUGACCACUGGAACGACUGUGGGGACAACAGCGAUGAGCAAGGCUGUACAUACCCGAGCUGUAGUGGCAGUGAAUUCACGUGUACCAGUGGACGUUGUAUUCCUCAGAAUUGGGUGUGUGACCAUUUCAACGACUGUGGGGACUACAGUGACGAGAGAGGAUGUGAUAGUAACUCUCGAGACUGUUACCCUGGUGAGUGGGCUUGCCCAUUCUCGACUGCAUGUAUACCAGUAGGAAAAGUGUGUGACACCAAACCUGACUGUCCUGAAGGAACAGAUGAAACCAACUCCACAGCACAGCAUACCUGCAGCCUGGAGCAGUGCUCCACUUUGAGUUGUGAGUACCUCUGUCACCCGUCUCCUCAGGGGGGUGCUUGCUACUGUCCUGAUGGUUUUAUUGUAGCCAAUGACAGCCGUUCCUGUGUCGAUUAUAAUGACUGUCAGAUCUGGGGGAUCUGUGACCAGCUGUGUGAAGAUCGUCCCGGGACACACCACUGCAGCUGUGCUGAUGGGUACUUCUUGGAGCAGGGUCAUAUCUGCAAAGCCAAUGUUUCAGCUGGAAUGCCACAGCUAAUUUACACCAACGGGGGGGAUGUGAUGAUGGCUGAUGUUCACGGACGCUUUUUCAGAACUGUGGUGCCGUCGCAGGGAAAAGGUUAUGCUGUAGGGGUGGCAUACCACUGGCACAGCAACACAGUCUUCUGGAGUGAUACAUUUACCAAAAAGGUGUACUCUGCCAACUACAAUGGGGGCGACGUUAAGGAAGUUCUGACGGCUGCAGUCCAUAGCGUCCAGAACCUCGCCGUGGACUGGAUCAACUUCAAACUCUAUGUCUUAGAGGCUAUGAUGGAGCGUAUCGACAUGUGCGACUUUGAUGGAGGGAAUCGGGUCACACUGGUAGCAGAAAACCUGCAGACUCCUCAUGGCCUUGUUCUGGAUCCGACAGUGGGCUACAUGUUCUUCACAGACAUGGGCUAUGGUGGUGAGCAGAUGAAGCUUGAACGUGCAUUCAUGGAUGGCAGUAAUCGUGUAGAGCUGGUGAAGAGCAGACUCGGCAUUCCAACAGGAAUUACUCUAGAUAUUGUCACCAAGAGGGUGUACUGGUCUGACAGCCAUUUUGACACGGUGGAGACUGUCACCUACCAUGGUCUGGACAGGAAAGUAGUCCUCAAUGGUGGAACGCAGGCGCCGCAUCCUUUUGGAAUUGCUGUUUUUGAAAACCACGUAUUCUUCACUGACUGGGCCAAGAUGGGUGUGCUGAAAGCCAAUCGUUUCAAAGACAACAACCCAGAAUUCCUGUAUACUGCUGCAAAUCGCCCGGGCCAUGUUGUUGUCUCACAUGCUGUCCUGCAGCCUGUUGUGAUGAACCCUUGCGGCAGACACAAUGGUGGCUGUCAGCAGAUUUGUGUAUUGAGUCAUCGCCUCGACAAUGACGGUCUGGGUUUCCGCUGCAAGUGUCGCCAUGGCUACGACCUGCACUCUGACCGUCGGACCUGCUUCAAGGUGAAGGAGUACUUGUUGUUGGCUACCUCUUUGGGGGUGCGGGGAAUCCCACUGAACUUGUCCCUCCAGGAGGACAUCACCCUGCCCCUCACAGGACUCGGGACGUCUUUCUCUGGCUCUGCUGUGGAGUUUGACAGCAAGGAUGAAGCCCUUUUCUACAAUGACAGGUCCAGAGGCCUCGUCUAUAAGUCCAACCUCAAUGGCACUGUCCAACAGAUUUUGACAGGCGUCAGAGUGGGAAUUAUUGACGCCAUGGCUUAUGACUGGACCUCCAAAGUCUUGUUUUGGACAACAAGCAGCUACAAGUCAGUGGUGGCCUUUAAAGUCACAGACAAGUCCAGACGAGACAUUGUGACAGGACUGAGGAACCCAAAAGGAAUUGCAGUGCAUCCCAGGGCUGGCUACUUGUUUUGGUCUGACUGGUACCGUCCAGCUGUCAUAAUGAGAGGCUUCACCGAUGGCAGCAAUGCUAUUCCUCUGGUCAACACCACACUGGGAUGGCCGUAUGGACUUUGUGUUGACUAUGAGUGGAACAGGCUGUACUGGGUGGAUUCCCAGUUGGACCAGAUUGGGCACAUUGGCAUUGACGGAAAUAACAGACAGAUGUUUACCAAUAUUGGCCAGAUCACUCAACCCUACUCUUUAACAGUUUAUUCUGACUACCUGUAUGUAUCAGAUACAAGGACCAGAGCAGUAUUUGAACUGAGAAAGAGGGAUGGAGGAGGAAACAUUAUAAUCAGACAAGGAAUAACUGGCAUCAUGAAUGUCAAGGCCUUUACAGCUGACUUGGACAUUAAUUACCCCAGCCCCUGCAGCAAGGGGCCCAACGGGCACUGCAGCCACUUCUGUUUCCCGGUUCCCAAUGGUCGAGUGUGUGGCUGUCCGUAUGGCAUGAAACUUAAGGCCAAUCAGAGAGAGUGCAUCAAGGACGAUUCUGUUCCCCCACCUGACAACAACUGUGGUGACUACGCUUUUGAGUGUGACGAAGGACGCUGUAGGCCCAACUCCUUCCGCUGUGAUGGAAUUGCUGAUUGCAUAGAUAAGACCGAUGAAGCCAACUGCACAGAUACAGGAGCGACCUGCUCUCCACGAGCAUUCACCUGCAACAACAAGCACUGCAUCUAUUCCAGUUGGCGUUGUGACGGCACAGACGACUGCGGCGAUGGUUCUGAUGAAAUCAACUGUCCCACUCGUGUCCCUAGAACCUGUGCCGCCAAUUACUUUACCUGCGAUAACAACAGGUGUAUCUCAAAAAUAUGGGUGUGUGACGGUGACAACGACUGCGGGGAUGGAUCUGAUGAACGCAACUGCAAUUCAACCAUCACGACAUGCCCUCCUUCCUACUUCCUAUGUCCGGAUCACCGCUGCAUCUACAACUCCUACGUUUGUGAUGGAGACCAGGAUUGCCUGGAUGGUUCUGAUGAGAAAAACUGCGAGUUUGCUUGUGACAGCCAUGAGUUUGCCUGUGCCAGUGGGGACCAGUGUAUCAGUAAGAGAUAUCAGUGUGAUGGAGUGUUUGACUGCAGGGACCAUUCUGAUGAACGAAACUGUCCCACUCCUCUCCCAGGCCUCUGCCAUGAUGACGAGUUCCAGUGCCAGACCGACGGUUUCUGCAUACCAGAUGAGUGGGAGUGUGACGGUCACCCGGACUGUGAGGAUGGAUCCGAUGAACACAACUCCUGCCCUGCCAUCACCUGCAGACCCAACAAUUUCCAGUGUGCCAACAAGUUGUGCAUCCCGGCAAGCUGGUUGUGUGACGGGGACAAUGACUGCCGGGACAUGAGUGAUGAACAGAACUGCCCCACCCCUCCAUUUAGUUGCCCCUCUGGACAGUGGCAGUGUCCCACAGACCAGCUGUGCAUUGACAUUGACAAGGUGUGCAACGGCCAGAGGGACUGCCCAAACGGAGCAGAUGAGUCACCUAUCUGCAACCAAGAUGACUGCGCACUGGACAACGGGGGCUGCAGUAACGGCUGUGUCCAAGGACCAUUUGGGGCUCAGUGCACCUGUCCACCAGGAUUUCAGCUCCUCAAUGACUCCAAGACCUGUGAUGACAUUAACGAGUGCCUGAUCCCAGGUUUUUGCAGUCAGCAGUGCUACAAUGAGAGAGGGAGCUUCAGGUGCCACUGCUCACAUGGUUACCUCCUUGAGCCUGAUGGACGCACCUGCAAAGCCACAGACCCUCUAGCAGCUGUACUUCUGGUUGCCAAGCGAAGCCAGAUCAUUGCGAACCGGGUCAACAUGAGACCACCUCAGAUGCAUCCAGUGAUCAGCGGUUCAAGCAUCGUGACUGUAGACUUUGAUCGCGUAACUUCCAGAAUCUACUGGGCUGAUGCCUCCCAGAAGAAGAUAUGGAGUGCUUUCCAGAACGGCACGGACAGACGAGAAGUGUUCUCCAGUGGUUUGAUGGUACCAGAAAGUAUAGCUGUGGACUGGGUGGGUCGUAACCUUUACUGGACCGACUCUGUCAUGGAGAACAUUGAGGUGUCCACAUUGGACGGUCGCUUUCGGAAAGUCCUCCUCACCAAGAAUGUUACAAGCCCCCGCGGACUGGUUUUAGAUGCCCGUACCAGUAUCAACCUGAUGUUCUGGUCAGACUGGGGUCAGAACCCGAGGAUCGAGCGGGCCGACAUGGAUGGAGCUAGGAGACAAGUCAUUGUCAGCACCAAGCUCUACUGGCCCAACGGCCUUGCCCUGGACUUCACCACACGCACGGUCUAUUUUGCUGACGCCUACCUCAAAUAUAUUGACUACUGUGACUAUGAUGGCCGCAACCGGCAUCAGGUCAUGGCAAGUGACAUGGUUCUGCAGCACCCACAUGGCAUGACCAUCUUUGAGGACAGCAUCUACUGGUCUGAGCGCUACACCAGCAAGGUGAUGAGGACAAACAAGUUCCACGGUGGCAAUAUUACUACUCUGAUGAGCAGCGUCUACCAACCCAUGGGCAUCGUUAUGGACCAUCCCGUCAAACAGCCAAUGGCCACCAACCCAUGCAACGAACACCUGUGCUCUCAGCUGUGCCUGCUGGCAGGCAUCAGACCCAGGUUCUACACCUGCCACUGUGAGUCUGGCUGGAAGCUGGCUUCUGAUCAACGUACCUGUGUUAAAGAUGAUACUCCUUUCUUGAUGGUGGUCAGAGAUUCAGUGAUUUUUGGCAUUCCCCUGGACCCGACUGACCCUUCCAACAAUGCAAUGGCCCCCGUGUCUGGCAUCAGCCAGGGGCGGGACAUUGAAUUUGAUGACCAGCAGCAGUUAAUCUAUUGGGUGCAGAGCAGUGGAUCUAUAUGGCAAGUGAAAACCAGUGGCACCAACAGGUCUGAGUUUGCUCCAGCUGCUUUCAUGGGCACGCCUUCUGGUCUGGCUUUUGAUUGGAUAGGCCGAAUAAUGUAUUACACUAAUCCCACUGCUAAAACCAUAGAGGUUAUCCGUGUGGAUGGAGACCAACACUAUAGGAAGACCCUCAUCGCCUCCACUGGUAAACCAGAGGGAGCAGGGGAACCCAUUGGCAUAGCCCUGGAUCCAGCCCGAGGGAAAUUGUUUUGGACAGACAAGGGGUCAGACACUGGAGUUCCUCCAAAGGUCGGCAGCGCUGACAUGGAUGGAGGAAACCUCAGGAACCUCUACACAGGCAACCUGGCAAAUAUAGGAUUCAUCGCUGCUGACAUCUCUACCACAAAACUGUACUGGGGUGUGGUGGGCUCAGGGGUGAUUGAGAGUGGCACCAUGGACGGAGUAGCCCGUGUGACAGUUGUGAGUGGCCUGUCCCAUCCAUGGGGGCUGACAAUAUACCAGAAUCACCUCUACUACACCGACCUGGACCUCGAGGUCAUUGAAAGGGUGGACAAGGACACCGGUGCCAAUAUGGUUGUGAUGAGGAGUGGCAUGUCUGGCCUGCGAGCCCUCAAAAUGCACGCCAGAGACAACUCAGCAGGGACCACCAACGCCUGCAGCUCCAACAAUGGGGGCUGUCCGCACCUCUGUCUACCCAAACCAGGCAAUCAAAAGACUUGCGCCUGCACCACUGGCUUUCACCCCUCUCAAGAUGGCUCCCGCUGUGAACAGUUUGAGUCUUUCGCAAUCGUCACCACUCCCAAAUACAUCCGUGGCUUCCACAUAAACAGCUCCGACCACUCUGAGGCUAUGGUACCUGUCAGUGGAACUUCAUACUCCACUAAGAACAACUUGGACCUCCAUAUCGACUCUGGCUUUAUAUAUUGGACUGACAACAGCACAUCCACCUCAUACAGGGGCAUCUUCAGGGCAAAAACUGAUGGAGGGCGUUACAGCACCGUCCUAAACUCAGGUGUUGGAAGACGAGGCAUCCAGGGCCUUGCUGUCGACUGGGUUGCUGGUAACUUAUACUUUACCAAUGCCUUUGAGACUGAGACCUUCCUGGAGGUGCUUGCCAUCAACACCACCUACCGAAUGAUUCUCCUCAAGUCCUCCCAGGACCAGCCCCGUGACGUGGCUGUCAGCCCUAAGCUUCGCUACCUGUUUUGGACCGAUGGUGGCCAAACACCCAAAAUUGAGCGCGCGCUGCUGGACGGCACCAAUCGCACUGUUUUGGCAUCAGAGAGUCUAGCAUCACCCCGUGGCCUUACCAUAGAUUACACAAAUGAUUUUCUCUACUGGACAGAUGAUGUUCUUGAUAUGAUCUCCCGAAUGGCCACAGACGGCACACAGAGGCAGAUUGUCAGGUAUGGGAGCCGCUAUCCAUCUCCUGCAGGGAUGGCUAUAUUUGGAAACUACAUGCUGUGGGUGGAUAAACGGCUUGGGAAGCUUUUACAGGCCAGUAAGGACCCAGCCAAUACCGACCAGCCAGAGGUAAUUCGAGACAGUCUUGAUGGGCUGAUGGAUGUUGCCGUCUUUGACGCUCAUGUCCAGCCGACAUCUGCCAACCAGGUGGGCUUUAACCCAUGUCAAGAAGACAACGGACGCUGCCAGCAGCUCUGUUUCGCCAUACCAGGCCAGGAGAAACCAAAAUGUGGUUGUGCUCAUGGGUCACUCCUCAAUAAUGGAGUAACAUGCGGUUACGGACUAGAAGAAUUUCUAGUUUUUACCACAGACUACACAUUGAAUAGCAUGAGGUUAGAUCCUGCGGAUCACAGCACCCCCUAUCCAACGGUGAACCUGGGCUACAACUUGAUGGCUUUGGAUUAUGACUUCAAAGAGAAGCGAAUUUUCUUCACCCAGUAUAUGGGCAUAGGUCGGAGCAGAAUUGGAUACAUCACCACGACAUCCAUCACCAGCCCACCUGUCUUUGUUGCUACAAAUUUGGAUGACCCAGAGGGACUGGCAUAUGACUGGGUCAACAAGCGUCUCUACUUUACUGACUACUAUAGACGCAAUGUCCAGUCCAUUGGGGCGGAUGGGAUGAAUCGCUCAAUUAUCGCCCAUGCAAACCGUCCCAGAGGCAUCAUUGUUGACCCCUGCUAUGGUUACCUGUACUGGACUGACUGGGGCUCUCCAGCUAAGAUCGAGAGAGCCACACUGGGUGGAAACUUCCGGACCGCCAUCAUUAGCACCAGCCUGUCAACACCCAAUGGCCUGUCUCUUGAUUAUGAGGAAAGGAUGCUCUACUGGGCUGAUGCCUCGUUAGAUAAGAUUGAGAGGGCCACUCUGACUGGUGAGAACCGACAAGUGAUCUUGCGGGGAGUCAUGUACCCGUACGCCAUGACCGUCUUCCAACAGGACAUCUUCUGGACCGACUGGACUGAGAGAGGAGUGUUUAGAGCUGGGAAGGACGAUGGCUCUGGCUUCACAGUGCUGGCCCAGGACCUGCAAUAUCGACCUAACGACAUCCAUGUUUAUGCCGCAUCUAAGCAAGAGAGCUGCUCCAGCCCCUGUCAGCAGUUUAAUGGAGGCUGCAGUCAUAUCUGUGUUCCUGGUCCCCUGGGCCCAGAGUGCCAGUGUCCUCAUCAGGGGAAUUGGUACCUGGCCAACAACGGCAAAGACUGCAUCAAAGACACCGGGAAACGCUGUGAGCCAGAGCAGUUCACCUGUCUCAACGGUAACUGCAUCUCGGCACGCUGGAAGUGUGACGGCGACAAUGACUGCCAGGAUAACUCGGAUGAGCUGGAGAGAGUGUGUGCAUUCCACACCUGCUCAGCUAUGGACUUCACCUGUGACAACGGGCGUUGUGUGCCGCUCAGCUACAUCUGUGACUACACAGACGACUGUGGUGACAACAGUGACGAGCGAGGCUGCCCCUUCCCCACAUGUAACCCCGCCACCGAGUUCACCUGCACCAACGGACGCUGCAUCAGUGCGGCCUUUGUCUGUGACGGUCACAACGAUUGCCGAGAUAACGCCACCUCUGACGAAAUCAACUGCCCUGUGCGGACGUGUCCUGCAGGCCAGAUCAAGUGUGAGCGGAACAACAUCUGCAUCUACCCUGAAAGCCUGUGUGACGGCUACAACAACUGUGGAGACAACAGCGAUGAGAAUCCUCUCUUCUGUGCGGGUCGUACCUGCUCUCCUGAUCAGUUCCGCUGCGACACUGGGAAGUGUAUCCCUGAAUCUUGGGUGUGCGACUCCAUCCGGGACUGCACUGAUGGGACAGAUGAACCUCCCUCCUGUGAGGAUCAAAUCAGAACAUGCGGUCCCAACUUCUUUGCUUGUACCAAUGGAAACUGCAUUCCCCAGAUACUGGUCUGUGACGGCAACAAUGACUGCUGGGACAACAGUGACGAGGCUCCUGAACUUCAGUGUGGCACACGCACCUGCAGUUCCAACCAGUUCACCUGCCCUACCUGGUCCCCCGGCCACCCACGCUGUGUGCCGUUAACCUUUGUGUGUGACGGGGAGAAAGACUGCGCCAACGCAGCUGAUGAGCUCCAGAACUGUCCUAACCGCACCUGCCAUAUGAACGAGUUUGCCUGCUCCAACGGGCUGUGCAUCCUCCUCCCCUACCACUGUGACCGCGUGAACGACUGCGGGGACGGCAGUGAUGAGUUGGGCUGUACUUAUGAUACGUGUAGCAGCAGCCAGUUCACCUGUGGCAACGGCAUGUGCAUCCCCGCCUCCUUCACCUGCGAUGGGGAAAGUGAUUGUAUGGAUGGCUCUGAUGAGGAGGAUAGCUUGUGCCUUACACCUCAGCCCACCUGUUCUCCUCAGCAUUACAUGUGCAAGUCAGGCGAGUGCAUCGAGCUCAGUAAGGUGUGCAACGGACAGAAGGACUGCCAGGACAACAGUGACGAAAAAGGCUGCGGAAUCAAUGAGUGCCGCAACCCGUCAGUCCACAAGUGUGCCCAGAUCUGCACAGACACCCUCACCGGUUACUACUGCUCCUGCAACCCUGGUUACCAACUCAUGCCCGAUGGCAAAGCCUGCGAGGACCUUGACGAAUGCAUCAGCACACCUGCCGUCUGCAGCCAGAUCUGCGAGAACACCUUUGGCUCAUACCACUGCAAAUGUGCCCCGGGGUACAUACGUGAACCAGAUGGACGCACCUGUCGUCAGAACAGUGGCAUUGCCCCUUACCUGUUGUACACUAAUCGCUACUACAUCCGCAAUUUGACCACUGAUGGGUCACAUCUGAGUAUAGUCCUGCAGGGGCUGUCCAAUGUGGUGGCGUUAGAUUUUGACGACUAUGAGAAGAGGCUUUAUUGGCUGGAUGCAGGGGCGGGAAAGAUUGAGAGGAUGCGGUUUGAUGGGACUGAGAGGGAGACGCUGGUGGAUGAAAAUAUCGGAGGAGCAGAAGGCCUGGCACUGGACUGGGUGGGCAGGAAGGUUUACUGGGUGGAUGCUUUUUACGGCUCACUUCACGUGAUGGAGCUGGAUGGCCGCUACCAGAAGAGACUGCUGUCAGAUCACUUCACAGAUGGAAAUACCACUUAUCUUAUCAGCAGACCUCGUGCUGUGGCUGUUAACCCUAAAUAUGGAUGGCUGUACUGGACGGACUGGGGUGACACAGCAUAUAUCGGCAGAGUUGGCAUGGACGGAACUAAUGUCAGUGCCAUUAUCACAGCCAAACUGGUGUGGCCCAGCGCUCUGACCAUAGACUACACCAGCAACAAGAUCUUCUUUGCCGACUCCCACCUUAACUUUCUGGACUUUGCAGACAUGAAUGGCCAGAACCGACACCGGGCCAUUGCUGGUACACUUCCCCAUGUCUUCGCUGUGUCCCUUUUUGAGGACUGGGUUUACUGGACGGAUCGGAACACACACACAGUGGAGAAGGCCCACAAGUACACUGGCGAACAGCGCACAGUCAUGGGCAACAACACGCAUCGGCCAUAUGACAUUCUUGUCUACCACCCCUACAGACAGCCUCGCAGUGAAAACCCUUGCUCCUCCCAUCAUCUGACCUGCAGUCACCUGUGUCUGAUUGCUCCUGGUGGACAGGAAGCUUCUUGCAUUUGUCCAGACCACUUUAUCGGUCUCUCUGUGGGCUUCAAGAUCCAGUGUGUCGCCGACUGUUCCAGCACCCAGUUUCGCUGUGGGGACAAUGAGAAGUGUGUUCCAAUAUGGUGGAAGUGUGACGGCCAGUCAGAUUGCGGUGACGGCUCAGAUGAACCUCAGACCUGCCCGCCUCGUUAUUGCCCCAUUGGCCAGUUCCAGUGUCAAGAUGGCAACUGUACCUACUCCGGCUUCAUCUGUGACGGCCACUCAGACUGCCCUGACAGUUCCGACGAGGACGCAGCUCUCUGCAGUGACCACCGAUGCCAGGAAAACCAGUUCCAGUGUAAAAACAAGAAGUGCAUCCCUGUCUCCUGGCACUGCGACGGUGUAAAUGACUGUUCAGACGGCAGUGACGAGGACGCAGAUACUUGUUCUCAGAAGACGUGCCGACCUGGACAGUUCCAGUGUGACAAUGGGCACUGUAUCCCCCAGAGCUACGUGUGUGACACCCAGGAUGACUGCGGGGAUAAAUCUGAUGAGCCACAUGAGUUCUGCAAUGGUCCAGAAAACAGGUGUGAUAAUGUUACAGAGUUCUCCUGCAGGACAAACUAUCAGUGUGUUCCUCAGUGGGCCCGCUGUGACGGUACUGAGGACUGCUACGACAAAACCGACGAGAAAGACUGCGAGGUUGUGACCUGCGAUCCUCUGGGAGAUUUCCGAUGUGACAACCACCGCUGUGUCCCCAUCCGCUGGAGGUGUGAUGGCACCAACGACUGCGGUGAUGGCUCAGAUGAAAGGAACUGCGAGCCAAGGCCUUGCUCUGAAAGUGAGUUUCGAUGUGACGACGCACGGUGCAUCCCUGGAAACUGGGUGUGUGACCAUGACAACGACUGUGGGGACAACUCAGAUGAACGGGACUGUGAGUUGCAGACGUGUCGUCCAGGGUUUUUCCAGUGUGACUCGGGUCACUGUAUCCCCGUUGCUCUGCAGUGUGAUGGCCGCCCUGAUUGUCAGGACCUCUCAGACGAGACCAGCUGUCCAACUCGUUACCCAGGAGGCCGUUGGUGCCCUCCGAGCCAAUUCCAGUGUGCGAACCGUCUGUGUGUGAGCCAGGGCUGGGUUUGUGACGGCUCCGAUGACUGCGGGGACCGCUCUGAUGAACAGCUCACUUUGUGUUUGAAUGUCACCUGUGAGAUGCCGUCCAGGUUCCGCUGUGCAAACGGGUUCUGUAUCUACUCCGGCCUGCUGUGUAACCAGAGGGACGACUGUGGAGACGGCAGCGAUGAGAAGGAAGAACUCUGCCGCGAGCCCACACUGCCGCCCUGCACACUGGAAGAGUUUAAAUGCACCAACGGGCAGUGUGUGGCCCUCCCUUACGUAUGUGACCACAAUGACAACUGUGGAGAUCGCACCGAUGAAUUGGGCUGCAAUUUUGGCCACGAUCGCAACUGUGAGGAGAAACUGUGCCAGCAUGAGUGCACCAACCUGAACGGCACCGGCUUCAUCUGCUCCUGCAGGCCUGGAUACAGAGUUAACCCUGAGAGUACCUUCACCUGCCUCGACAUCAAUGAGUGUGAGGUGUAUGGCACCUGUCCUCAGGUCUGUAGGAACACCAAGGGUAACUACCACUGUGAGUGUGCUCCCGGCUACCGAAAGGUGGGCGACGGCAAGAUGUGUGAAGCUGAGGGAGCGACUCCCCUGCUGCUUCUACCAGAGAACAUUCGUAUCCGGAGGUUCAACCUGCAGAUGGAGACCUACCAUGACUUCCUAGAAGAAGAGGAGCACAUUAUGGCUCUGGACUAUGACUGGGACCACAACAAUACUGGAUUCAGUAUGGUGUACUUCACUGUAGCCGGUAAGGACUCUGUGCCAGGUGCCAUUAAAAGAGCAUAUAUCCCCUCUGUGGAUGAUGGCAGUAACAACAUCGGAGCUGCCGUUGACCUCGGCAUCAAAUACAUCACCAGACCAGACGGCAUCGCUGUGGACUGGGUGGGCAGGAACCUGUACUGGGCAGACUCCAGGGUAAAGAGGUUAGAGGUGGCCAUGUUGGACGGACGCUACAGGAAGCACCUAGUCAAGACUGAUCUGGGCCACCCGUCUGCUGUGGCCGUCAAUCCACGACUGGGGAUGUUGUACUGGGCUGACCGUGGGGAGGCAGCCAAAAUCGAGUGCUCUUGGCUGGAUGGUCAGGAGAGGAAAGUCCUGGUGGCCGACGGCCUGGGUUGGCCCACUGGUCUGUCAAUCGACUUCACCAACGAUGACAGAAUCUACUGGUCUGACUCCAAAGAGAGCCACAUAGAGUCUGUUCUGCCUUCAGGAGACGGCCGCAGAACUGCCGUCUACAUAGAUGUGAGAAACCCCUUCAGUGUGAGUGUGUUCGAGGACCACGUUUAUUGGAGUACUCAGGAGAAAGGCGAGGUCUUCCGGCAGGACAAGUUUGGCCGCGGAGCCAAGACCAAGCUGCUGACUGCCGGGCCGUGGCUGACGCAGAUCUCCGUGUACCAGCAGCAGAGAUACAACUCCAUAGCAAUGAAGAAUCCGUGUAAGGGAACCUGCAGCCACCUGUGCCUGCUCCGGCCGGGAGGUUACACCUGCGCCUGCCCCCAGGGCACCAGCUUCGUGCCUGGCAGUAACACUGAAUGUGAUGCCGGGUUUGAUCCACUGCCCACUAUGCCACCACCAUGUCAGUGUCAGAAUGGAGGCACCUGCUACUUUGAUGACAACAAGGCUCUUUGCAAAUGUCCUCCAGACUGGAUAGGAGAUUACUGCGAGAAAAGCAGACACUACGUGGUCCCACCCUCAAUAGCGAUUGGGAUUGGGGUGACAGUCGUGAUAGUGGCUCUGUUGGUCGCUCUGGUCUAUGCUGCCAGGAAGAAGCCCAAGCUGCUGGAGAGGGUAUGGAGCAACAUGCCCAGUAUGCCCAGUAUGCCGUCCAUGCCCUCAAUGCCCUCCAUGCCCAACUUGCCAAGUUUUAGAAACGGUUCGUCUGCAAAUGCGCCAAAAACAGAAGACGGUGAAACAAGGCUGAAUUUUGAACAGGUUCCCUGUAUGUCUGUGUCCAUGGUGGAAACAGACGGGAAGAGUUUUGAGAACCCAGCAUAUGAAACUGGACAACAACCUGCAGCCAGGAGCACUAUGGCCGCCGCCUCGGCCCCCAGUGGAAGAAACAAGGAGAACCUUAAUAACACCUUGUAUGUGGAAGAAGUUCAAGUUGUGGACGAGCCCACAAAAAGUGCAAACAGGCCUGCAGCUGCCAGCGAGGAGCCCUCUGAGAAGCCAGCACACGGCUCAGACACAGAAGACUUUGACCUCACCUCUAAACAGCCAGCUGCAUCAAGCACACAGCAGUUUGAACCCAUUGGGGACAACGGUUUUGUGUCUUUCAAAAACCCCGUAUACACGGAGAAGACUCCAGACUCUGACAUUUGACGUGAC